CCUGCAGAGACACGUUCAGCUCAGCAGGCCAGAUUUUAAAAUAACGUUACUUACGGGGAGGAACUUUUACUCGAAUAUCUCUUCGGGGGUGUCCGAAGGCCUGCGUGCGCUGCUGUGUGGGGGCACGAGUGGUUUGCAAACGCUGUUUUCACCUGUGGUGCUGCUGCAGAACCAGCUGUUUUCACCUGUGGUGCUGCAGAACCAGGUUUUAGAUGCUUGUACCUUCAUAUUUUUCCAGCCGUGCUGCACGCAGCGUACACCGACCCAGCGCUGCAGCAGGAGCAGGAGAAUAGGUAGACCCCUGUGGCUUUGGCAGGCUGGUAACGAUUGCUGCGGUCAAUCUCUGCACCUGGUUGCCGACCGUACAGCAUAGCAGGAAUCAGUGCAUCCCGUUUCACCGGACUUCACCCUGAAACAGCAGGUCCUGAGCAGAAAUAGGGAGGAUCGGCCUCUGCUGACGGGACAACGGGACAAAUGCUGCGGGAGUAGGGCAGGUGCUCAGGAGCAACAGGCUGCGGUACAGCCACUUCUAGAGAAAACAGCAGAGCAAACGGCAUAAUUGCUGAGAAGCAAAAAGAGAGCUGAGAAAAGAUUACAGUACUUCUUUAUUUAAGACAACUUAGAUUUUUAUCUCUGAGUUUAGAUGCGUUAACACAGGCUACUCUGGAAGAUAAGCCCUUCAUUUCUGCAAAUCUGGCUGCUUUUUUGACAGUGGUUCUCAUUUUUGUUGUUGUUAAUAUAAAAAGAGCGUUCCUUCUCAAAUAAUGGACUUAACUGGUAGUACGUUUAUAAUAUUUAUGAGUUUUCAAGAAAACUUAUUUACAAUCCACAGAUGUAAAUCUGUUCUUACACGCUGGUUGACCAUGCUAUAUCUGCAGGGAGAUUUAAGGAUCAGACAGACUGAUAAAGGUUCCAGAUGCUCAGUAGAAGGCAAUGACACAUUUUAGUGACUAAACUGCUCUUUAAAGUCUGAUGUCUCCUCUUUGGGUUCCUGUGGGGUUUUUUUCCUUGAAUAAGAAUAGAGUGGUUUUGGGUUUUUUUUUUCACAGAACAGGUCUUUUUUGGCCAGCUUUCCUGGCUGAUGGCCUCCUGAGUUGAUUGCAAUUCAGGAGUAAAGCAGAGUGUAGUUUUUCAGUGUGAUGUUAGUACAGAAGUGUGGAGAAUAGGAGUUAAAUUAACUUGCAGUAAGGACUUUAAAAAACCCCCAGCAGUUUCUUCAUCUACAGUAGUCUUUGUGAUAUUGAGUAUGGAUUUUGCUCUUUUAAAAAAAAAUUUACAAGCAGAUUUUUAUAGAAGUGUAGUUAAAAGAGCUUUGUUUACCCUCAGUUGCUAUUGCCAGUCUGUUAAGUCUGGCUAGAUGCUGGUGUCAGAGAAGGGAGCUGUUAGCUGGUUGAAGAACCCAAAACCUCAGGCCAGGUCAGGUGGCAACACUUGAGACCAAGCCUCAUAUCCUCCAUCUUCUGAAAACAAAAUUAUACUGAGGCUUCCCAUGUGAAAUCCUUUCCCAUUUGCAUCUAAUGAACUUCUUCCCCUCUUGUUUUCUUUUAAGUCGUGCCCCGGGUGCCGGCUCCUGUAGAGGCGGGAGAUGGUGCUAUGUAUGUACCUCUCCUAACGCACGAUGAGCAGGUGGAUGUGCUGGAGCGCCUUGACUUCGUGUUGAGAAACAUUUCAGAGCUAAGAAAAGAAGUGGAGGAGCUACGGAGCAGCCUGCAGCCCUUAGCUGCAGAAAUCAUUGCUGAAGUCAGGUCCCAUCUGGAAGAAACCCAGAAGGUAACUCGCCGGAGGCGGUUCCCAUUUCCUAGGGAAAGAAGUGAUUCCACAGGCUCCAGUUCAAUUUAUUUCACAGCCAGCUCAGGAACAGCCAAUACGGAUGAUGGAGAAAGUGAAGGAGGGUACACCACAGCCAACGCCGAGUCUGAUUAUGACCGGGAGUCCGAGAGAGAGAGCGAAGAAGGAGAAGAUGAAGUGAGCUGUGAAACAGUGAGGACUGCGCGACGGGAUUCCCUGGAUCUCGUCAACGAGGAUGAAGCGCCUUUAAUCUUAGAUUCCUCGCUAGAGGAAGGACUGGGUCAGCUACUGCAGCAGGCUGACCGCUUGCACAAUGGGGAUGAGCAGGAGAAGAGAGAGGGAUUCCAGCUGCUGCUGAAUAAUAAACUGGCGUAUGCAGACCAGAAAGACUUUCUUUGGCGCCUGGCCCGAGCACAUAGUGAUAUGUGUGAAAUCACAGAAGACGCAGAUGAGAAGAGAUCAUAUGCAUCUGAUGGGAAAGAAGAGAUAGAAAUUGCCUUACAGAAAUGGGAUCAAAGUGCUGAGUGCCAUCAAUGGUAUGCUAUUCUUUGCGGGCAGUUAUCAGAACAUGAGAGUAUUCAGAAGCGCAUUCAAACUGGAUAUGUUUUUAAGGAACACAUUGAUAAAGCAAUUGAACUGAAACCAGAGGAUCCGCAGUCUUACUAUCUUUUGGGCAGGUGGUGUUACCAGGUUUCCAACCUGGGAUGGCUAGAAAAAAAGACUGCUUCUGCUUUGUUUGAAGCCCCUCCUACAGCCACUGUACAGGAUGCACUGCAAAACUUCUUACGGGUUGAGGAACUGAGCCCAGGAUUUUCCAAAGCAGGAAGAGUAUACAUUGCCAAGUGUUACAGGGACCUGGGGAACAACUCUGCAGCUGUUCUCUGGAUGAAUCUUGCUUCAGAGCUGCCAGCUAAUACAAAAGAGGUAGCAGUCUCAGAUGCAGAAAGCGAGAGAGAACUUGAAGAGAUGCGGUCAGUCUGGGAAGAAUAAAUAUGUAAAGGCUUAUUCCACUUGAUACUGCACAGACAGUAAAAUUCCAGUUAAAGGGAUUUCAUGAUCCUGACCACUUUGAUUGAUUGCACUUCAUGGAUAAGCCACAAGAGUUUACAGGAAAAAACACGCAGCAGUCUCAUCAGCAUGUCCAGGAAAAAUGCUUGGUGGGAUUUAAUCGGAUAAAAUUUUGUAUUAUUUUCCUUCUUGCAGCACUGCAUCUGUUUGAUUUUAAAAUUCCUAAAAAACGUAAAAUUCCUAAAAACAGGGGGCGGGGGUGUAUAGGUAGAAUUUGUGAUAUAAAAAUAUUUGUGAUUAUGUAUAUAUCAUAGAUAUAUGUGAGAUACAUACUUUGUGAUAUAAAAAUAUGGACACAAAUAUAUACAUAUUUAUAUGUACACAUACCUAUUUUAUGUCACAGACUCUACCUAUCUAACAACCUGAACUUCAGGCCUGCUUGCUGGUGAGCUCUCAACUGAUUCCUGAGGAAGUCUUCAGCCAAAAUUUUUUUCCAAUUAACUGUUUUCUCUUUUCCUUAUUAAUAAGUAUUAAUUGAAUCAGUUGAAAUAAUAACUGAUUGCAUGCCUUUCAUAGAUGUUUAGGUGAGGUAAAAUUCCAAGCCACUGUGCUCGGCAGUCAGUGUGCCGCUGAUUUUUACCAGCGUGACGCACUGGAGGCAGCGGGAUGUUCUCCCUGCCCUCAGCCUGGUGAUUCAAAUGGGCGCUGACACUGUGACCUAAGAAAAGGUAAUUACAAAAAAAAGAUGACAACAAUGACUUAAAAUGAGCGAGUUGUCAGCCCUUUCUUCCUUGCUGUGAAAAAAUGGAUGGUGGUGGCCAAAACAUACUCUUGUUGGUCCUUCCCAGCUAUGCCUAAACUACCUUUACUGGUUUUCCACUGGGGGGAAACCAGCACCGCUCACUAUGGUGGGUUAUUACCAGGGGACCAACAGAUUUCCUUCACAAUACAAACUUUAUUUUUAAGAGGUGCACUGCUUUUGUCAGAGAAGCGAGUAAUAAGAUUUUAAGACUUCCUCCUUCACUCAUGCGAGAUUGAAAACUUCUUACGUCCUUCUAAACUACGCUGCUAUGGUUUAGAUGUAAUAACUUAGUUUGAAAAGUAGUUAUUUAUCAGUGAAACACUGGUUACAGGAACAGGUAUAUUCUGUGGCAAAGGCGAUGUUUCCCUGUGAUGUUCUUCUACCAGUUCUUCUUGACUCAUGAGGUGACACCGAGAAGGUGAAGCUGACAACUGACAUUUCCUCUGACAGCUGCUGGGUACCAAACAGGAAAAGUAAACUGUGCUGUACACGGACACAAACGGUGAAGCAAAAGCUACAUUCAAAAAUUUCCCCAAAUAUUUAGCAAGGCUUUCUUGAUAUCCCUUCAAAUUUCAACUGGCAGCUAACCGGACGCUUAUUUUUUAAUGUUUGUUCUGUCUUGCCACUUUAUAUAGUGUUUAUGAAGUGUAAAGUAAAAAAGUGCAAGAGUAAAACAUUUCUUAAUCACCUUUUUAGUCCCUUGCACAUGGUGUGUUAAACUGAUGGGGUUUUUACUUUGUGAAAAUAACACUGAAGGGGAAAUGCGUAGCAAACUCGAGCUUAAAAACGUCCCAUUUUAUAGAUUUGGCACUUUUUAGCCUC